CCUGUUUAACUCACUUAUGGGUAAAAAUUUUUCCCCAAAAUAAGUUUAAGUCAAGACAGCACAGGUGAAUAGAGUAAAACAUUUAACUAAUUAAUAUCAGCAUACUUCUCCAGUUGAUUGAUUACAUUAAGAACAUUGAUUGCAUUAAGAACAUUACAUUUCUGUCCAGGAAAUUCAAAGCUGGGAGGAGCAGAAAGAGAGAAGUUCACUGAUAUCAGUCUGUCACACAAACACACAAUCACUCCUGAAGCACAACAUCUACAGAUGGCUGUCAGUGUAUUAUAAAGCUACAAACAGAGUUUAGUACUUCAUCAGAAAUGGAGAGAAUCACAUGUAUGUCUCUUCUGCUCACAGCUGUGGUCAGUUCUUCUGCAGGAGCUCUGCGUCAGUAUCACUUUGUGAAUCAGACCCUGAACUGGACUGAAGCUCAGAGAUACUGCAGAGAGCAUCACACAGAUCUGGUCACUAUCAGUGACAUACAAGAACAGAAUGACAUUGAACAGGCCAUAAAGAGAGUGAACAGCAAUGCUGAUCGUGUCUGGAUUGGGCUGAAGAACACAAAAGUUGGUUUCUGGAGUGACCCUGCCUUCUACACAGAACAUGAGUCUCAGUAUAGGAACUGGGAAUCAACACAACCAGGAGGAGAUGGAGACUGUGUUUACAUGGAAAAACAUGGACAAUGGCAUGAUGUAAACUGUAGUACAAUAAUGCAUUUCAUUUGCUAUAAUGGCAGCAGUAAAGGAUUCGUCUCUGGACAGGAGAAAAAGAACUGGACUGAAGCUCAGAAAUACUGCAGACAGUAUCACACAGAUCUGGCCAGCGUGAGGAAUCAGAGUGAGAAUCAACAGAUUCAGAACAUCACAACAGAUGAUCAAGUCUGGAUCGGUCUGCACAGACUCUGGGUUUGGUCAGAUAACAGCACCUCCACAUUCACACACUGGCAAUCUACUAAGGUUAACACUCGUCAGAACUGCACAUCUAUUGUUAUCAGCGAUGAAGGACGGUGGACAGACGAGGACUGUUCAAAAGAGCGUCCCUUUGUGUGUUAUGAUGAUAAGCUGGUUCUGAUCCGAGAGAAUAAGACGUGGACUGAAGCUCUGAGACACUGCAGAAACAUGGACAUGGACCUGGUGUCGGUGGAUUCGGAGCAGAUGCAGCGGCGGGUGAUGAACGUGACCUCGAGUGCCUCCUCCGCUCAUGUGUGGCUGGGUCUGCGUCACUCCUGCACAGUGGGGAUCUGGUUCUGGGUAAACGGUCAGACCGUGUGCUACGAUCAGUGGGCUUCUGAUUACGACAAACAACGGGACGACUGCGAUACGACAGUGAGAUCCGGAGCCAUCCGGACCCGUGAUAAUCACUGGAUCAGCCGUCCUGAAACUGAAGAAAUCAAUUUCUUCUGCAUCGAGUGAGUGCUGGAGAGUACAUGUGAUCCAGAUUAUUAAUAUGAAGCACUUGUGAUUAGAUUAUAUAAUAUUUUAAAAUGCCCAUAAUCAGAUUCCUGGUACUUAUUGAUCUUAUUGUUUACAUAUUCACACAAUGGCAUUAAAUUAUUCAUGUGAUCAUAAAAUGUACUCAGAAUACAUGACUAAUAAUCUGUAAUCUAAUAGAUUGUUACUAAAUAAAGUUUUCAUCAUGUAAUUUGGAAUCCUUAAUGGACUAAAAUAAUUUAAGUAACUACCCACUGUGUGUGUGAGUCAAAUAACAGAUUCAGUCAAGCCAUUUGGACUCAAAUGAUUUUAUUCGAUUCAAUUCAAUUUAUUUGCUUUUUUACAAUACAUAUUAUUUCAAAGCAGCUUCACAGGAAAUGUAUAUUUCAUUGUUAGAAUCAGGAAGUUUUGUGUAAUUGGACUCAAGUGAUCUCCAUUUAAAGUCUUUUCAUGUCUAUUUGAACUUCUAUCAUGUUUUCUCUUGUUUAAGUUCAGUUAUAUGAUUCAGUUUCAUGACUCAUGAGGUGAUGGAUACAAAUAUUUACUGUGUUUUCUGUCGUUUUGCAUUAUUAUUGUUUUUGUUUGUUUGUUUAGCACAUAUUGUUUAGUACUUACAACUUACAUUUACUUUUGUUGAAUCAAUGUUAUGUAAACUCCAUCUAAAAUUACCGCAAAUACGUUUAUAUAUAAUCAUAAUACAUGAAACUGAAUGAAAACUAUUCUGUAUUUUAACCUCUGCUUUUGCUUGUUUCAUACGGAGUUUGUAAAUGGAAACUGUGAUGCAAAAUACUUAAGAUAGAAUUACAUGUGAGAUCUUAUUUCACUGCUUUUGCAUUUCUCCCUUUACUUGGAAAGAACACCAAAAAAUUUAAAUAUAUUUUUCCUCCUAUCUCAUAUAUUUCCCAUCACCAUUUGUAUUUAGGGACUUUCCUAAUCCAUCUUUUUAAUAAACGUGACAUUGUGGACUAUG